AUGUCAAUUUAUAAAUUUUUAAUUAAUACAUAUUUGUAUUAGAAUUACUUGACAAUAUAUUUUUAGUUGCAUCUUGAAAGUUUGCAUAUAUUUGGAUUCAAGAAAUAUAUUGGCAGAGCAACAUUAUCUGAAAAUAUUGCUGAUGCUCUAUCACAUUAUUGA